AUGCAUUCAGCACGACGCCUAGCUGCGCUCCGACUUUGGCGUCCUUCAUUGGCACAUCGAAGCUUCUAUGAGGAUGCAGUUGCUUCAGGCGUCAAUGCGAGGUAUUUGGAGAAUCUCUACUUGCAGUGGAAGGUGAACCCUUCGAAGUUGGACGCCCAGUGGAACGACUACUUCCGAGCGCUGGAGGAGUUCGAGGAAUCCAAAACCAGCUCCGCGUCACGCUCCAGCGAGGAGACACACAAGUCGAAGAUGUCCAAGAAGUGUUCCUUUGAUGUAUCUGAUGACGGCAAUAGAACGAUCGAGAUGUACCGCGUUGAGAGCUUUGAAAGUGGAGCCCCUGCGGUCACAAACCUGAGCAUCAUCAGUUCCAACGCUGAACACGAAGAGCAGGUGGAACGUCCAAACCCCUCGAAAGUAGCAGCACCUGGCAGCAGCUUGAAAGGCGCGACAGACUUUCAAGGCCUUCGCGAACUGAUGCAAAGUUAUCACGAAGACUUGAUGUCACGCUUUGAUCAACAGCAGGAGCUGAUUUCCAGGCUUUGCAAAGACCAAUCCCGGAGUACCAAUUCUUCUCGCACCUCUCGCCACUCCGCGGCCUCCUCUACCUCUACGGUGCGCGAGCGCCGGACCUCAGUGAAGAGCAGCACGACGAGCACGCCCAGCCCCCAGCGGGAGAGGCCGGUGAGCUCGGCGAUGUCCAUUGGCUUGCCGGUCCGGGCCAGCAUGGCGCACGCCGGCUCGCCCCAUCCCUCGCCGAAGGCCAAAGCCAAGCUCUUCAGUUCCCUCACCCGGGUAGACGAGGAGUUACGUCAGAAGGCCGCGGACGUGGACGCCGAGCAGGCCAAAGCCAACCGCCGGCAACGAGACGAAAGCGAAGACGUGGGCCAAAACUUCUUUCAACGCUUGGUCUCCCACGUGGCCUUCGACCUCUUUUUUGCCGUGGCCAUCUUGGUGAAUGCCAUUUUCAUUGGGGUGGAGGUGCAGGCUCAGCUGUUGAACUCCGACCAGGCGGUCCUCACGUCGGUACAUGUCAUUGGCAAGACUUUCACAGUGAUUUUCCUCAUCGAGUUGAUUCUGCGGAUGCUGGCGCAAGGACGUCACUUUUGUUCCACGACGAAUGAGGACUGGAGGUGGAACCUGCUGGACACGAUCAUUGUGUUGGCCUCCCUUUGGGAUGUUGGCUUGGAGAUCGUGACACUGGCUCAGGGAGCCGAUUCCGAGGGGCUGACGGGGAUGUCAGGCCUCCGCACCUUGAGGAUCAUCCGAAUCACUCGGCUGGUGAAGAUUGCGCGGCUGGCCAGGAUCUUGCGCUUCAUCAUGGCGCUCAGGACUUUGACACAAUCCAUCCUUCAUACCUUGAAAUCGUUGAUUUGGGCUAUGAUUUUAUUGGCCUUGAUCGUCUACACCUUCGCGGUCUUGUUUACGCAGGUGGUGCAUGACUUGACCAGUGUGGAACUGGAGAGUGUCACGAGCGAGGAGGAGAGAGCAUAUCUGGAGCAGGUGCAAAUCUAUGCUAAGCAGUAUUUCAGUACUCUUCCUCAGGCCAUGCUCACUUUGUACAUGAGCAUCGCGAAUGGCGUGAGUUGGGAGCAAGUGUUGGUCCCCCUACACGCGGUGCACUGGAUUUGGGAAUGUGUCUUUGUGUUCUAUAUCGCUUUCGCCACCCUGGCGGUUCUGAACGUGAUUACCGGUGUUUUCUGUCAAAGUGCGAUUGAUAGCGCCCAGAGUGAUCAUGAGAUGGUGAUUCAGUCGAUCUUAAACAACAAGGACGCCCACAUCGAAAAGAUCCGAAUGCUCUUCUCGGAGAUCGAUGAAGAUUCCAGCGGGGUCAUCACGUACCAGAUGUUCGAGAGAGGCAUCCGAUCGGAGGAGGUCAAGACUUACUUUGAAUCGAUUGACUUGGAUGUCUGGGAUGUGUGGACCUUCUUCAAGCUUCUUGACAUGGAUUCCGGCGGUGCAGUCGAAAUUGAAGAAUUUUUGAUGGGAUGUUUGAGAUUGCGCGGAAAUGCGAAGGCCAUGGACAUUGCCAAGCUUUGCCAUGAUCAAUCUUGGCUCAUCCGAGAGCAGGCUCGCUUUUGGGAGUUUGUGGAGAAUGAGCUGAAUGACAUGCAUAUGAUGGUUGCCCGGAGAUUGCCCUGA